AUGGCAGCGUCCGAGGAGAUGGACCCACGGACAGUGAUGCAGUUGAAGACCUUCACCGGAUGGGCCAACUUCCAUCUGGCGCCACUGAAGAAGGAGUUUGUGUGGGACAAGAUUGAUGGCGUUGAGCUCUGCCAGCUGCUGGAGACCAUCUCGGGCGAUGAGCUGUCCGGGUACAACAAGAAUCCUCGGAUGGGCUUUAUGAAAAACGGCAACGUCCACAUGAUCCUCGAGUGGCUGGAGAAACACGAGAUUCCGGUCCACGGCCUCGACUCGGACUCGAUCGUCUCGGGGCACAUCAAGUCGGUCCUGGGCCUACUGUGGGUCAUCAUUCUCCGCGUCGACAUUGCUCAGUAUCUCAACGACGAUAAUCUGGCGUACGACGAGAACGGGAAGAAGUUGACACCCAAGCGCGCUCUCCUCCAGUGGGUCCGACGAGCCAUGCCCGAAGGCUUUGAUACUGACAUCACCAACUUUAAGGGCUCUUUCCGCGACGGCAAGGUCUUUUGUCACCUCAUCAAUGACGUCGUAGCCGGCGGAGUGCCCGAAGAAGUGCUCAACUCGGGCGACGCAGCCCUGACACUCAAGACCGCUUUUGACGUUGCCCACACUGAGCUGGGCAUUCCCAAGCUUCUCGAUGUCGAGCAGUUUCUAGACGAGGACGUGCCGCUCGACGACCUCUCGGUCAUCACCUACGUCUCGUACUUUCGCAAGGCCGAAGCUAAGGCGAAGGAAGGCCUUUCGCUCAAGACUGACCGCGAGCCCGAGCCUGAGCCCGAGCCCGAGCCUGAGCCCGAGCCCGAGCCCGAGCUCGGGACACAGCCUGAGCCCGAGCCCGAGGCACAGCCUGACGAGAGCGAUGCGCUCCGGUCUCGUGUCGCUGAGCUGGAGGCACAGGUGGCGUCGCUGACGUCGGAAGCCGAGGCGGCUGCAUUGUCACAGGCUGAGAAGGACGCGAUUUCUGCGCGGGCGCUGCAGGCAGCGACCGAAUCGGAUGCCGAUCUGCACGCCGAUGCCGACAAAGCAGUGCUGCAGGCCAAGGUGGAGAGCCUCGAGGCAGCCGAAAGCGACAUGCAACACUCACUCCAGACGGCUAUAGCCGGCAUCCACGAGGCCAGCAAAGCAUCGAUGACACCUGCGGUGCUGGGCGAGAUCCAAGGCCAUGCCGCGACGAUCGAUGGAGUGGCCGGGAUCCCGUCGGCAGAGUCACUCGAGGCAACACUAGAGAUGCUGGGCAUGACUCUCAUGGAGGCUCAGGUGCAGGCUGCGACUGCAUCGGACGCAGACAAUACCAUUGCCGAGCUGCACACCAAGCUGCGCGACCUGAAGGCCAAGUCGGCGACACAUGCCGCCUUGCUUGGGUCGAUCGAGGAGACGAUGGCUGCACACGGGGCCGAGGCAGUCGACUCGGACGACGAGGCAGUACGGGCCGAUGCUGCGGCGCGGCUGCAGCAGCUGUUGCAAGCUUCGGCCGACACAAAGGCCGGUCUCGAGUCACAGGUUGCAGAGUCAGCAGCUCGCACGUCCGAGCUGGAGAACACCAGCGCGGGCUCUGAGCGCGAUUCCGCGAUUGCCGACGAUGAGGCCCAGAUUGCCAAGUUGGAGCAGGUAGUUGCAAAGCACGAGGCUUCCAUUGCCGAGCUGGAGGCCGUAGUGGGCAAGCGAGAUGUGGCCGUGGCCGAGAAGGAGAGCAAGAUAUCCGAGCUGGAAGCAGCCAUUGCGUCACUCGAAAGCAUCGGAGCCAACCGCGACACGGCUGCGAGUGAGCGGGCUGCCAAGAUCACUGAGCUGGAAGCCGCAGUGAGCGAGCGCGACGCGACUGUGGCUGCUCGAGAUGCAACGGUAGUUGAGCUCGAGGCCGCCAUGGGUGCACGAGACGCCAUGAUCGCCGAGAAGGAUACCAUUAUCACUGAGCUCGAGGCAGCGGCGCUCGAACGUGUGGCUGCCAUGGAGAAGAAGGACACCCAAGUCGCCGAGUUGGAGAGUGUAGUGGCCGAGAGGGACGCAGCCAUCGCGUCACUGAAGAGCAUCGGCGCCGACCAAGAUACUGCACUUUGCGAGCGCGAUGUCGCACUUGCAGACAGCAAGGCCAAGGUCUCACAGCUGGAAUCAACGGUUUCAGACAAGGAGGACAAGAUCUCUCAGCUCGAGUCCACGGUGGCACGGAGCGAGGCAGAGCUCACCAAGAAGGAGAGAAGGAUUUCGGAGUUGGAGUCUGCCGUGGCGGACAACGGAAGCACGCUUGCCAGCAGGGAGAGCACGGUCGCGGAGCUUGAGUCUGCAGUGGCCGACAAGGAGGCCGUGAUUGUUGACCGGGAGACCAAGAUAUCUGAUCUUGAGUCGACUGUGGUCGACAAGGAGGCCAUCAUCGCCGACAACGAGACCAAGAUCUCUGAGCUCGAGUCCGCCGCGGUCGAGAAUGAGACCAAGAUCUCUGAGCUCGAGUCGACGGUGGCUGACAACGAGACCAAGAUCACUGAGCUUGAGUCGACUGUGGCUGACAACGAGACCAAGAUCACUGAGCUCGAAUCCGCCGCGGUCGAGAAUGAGACCAAGAUCACUGAGCUUGAGUCGACUGUGGUAGAGAAUGAGACCAAGAUCUCUGAGCUCGAGUCCGCCGCGAAUGAGACCAAGAUCUCCGAGCUCGAGUUGACAGUGGCUGACAAGGAGACCAAGAUCACUGAGCUUGAGUCGACGGUGGCCGACAAGGAGACCAAGAUCUCCGAGCUUGAGUCGACGGUGGCCGACAACGAGACCAAGAUCUCUGAGCUCGAGUCUACCGCGGUCGAGAAUGAGACCAAGAUCUCCGAGCUAGAGUCCAAUGUUGCACACCGCGACGCUACCAUUGCGUCGCUGGAGGCUUCGAGUGCGAGUCGUGACGAGGCUCUGAACGCGCGUGACGCCACCAUUACCCAGAAGGAUGCUAGGGUCUCCGAGCUCGAAUCACUUGUUAUCGAGCACGAGGCCAAGAUAUCCGAGCUAGACGCCACCGCCGCCGAGCUGGAAGACGCCGUCGUCGCGCUCAACAACGCAUCCACCGGGCUACAAGAGACGCUCAACGAGACAAGCUUGGAGCGCGACGCCGCGGCUGCCACCGUCGCCGCUCUCUCCGACGUCGUCGCCCACCACACCGAUACUCCGUUGCCCGACGACCCAGCUCGUCUGGCAGCCUGGGUUGAGGACGUCCUGCGCAGCACAGAGGACGCACUGACAGCGCUUGAGCGCGAGCACGAUGACCAGGUCCGCGAGCUAGCCCAGGCUCUCGAGGACGCCUCGGCCGCCUCCACUGACAUCUAUCGUGCUCUUCUCCAGCUCCUAACAGACACCAAGCUCGAUCCGGCACUCGCUCCCCUGGUCCUCUCGCGCAUGCUCAAGGAUGCGUCAGUUGUUGACGCCCGCGUUGUCGACAUCACCCCGCCGGCCACCGUCUCGCUCAACGACCCUCUCGAGGCCACCAUUAACCUCCUCGGCACUGCCCUCCUCGCUGCCCAGGAGGCGAACGCUGCCUCAGCCACCGCUGCCGUCGAGGCUGCCGAGUACCUCGCAAAGAUCAAUGCGCUCGAGGCUACCUUAAGCGCGGCUGCCAGGUCGACGGCCUCGCUCCGCACUGACGCCUCCGUCGUUGCCACUUCGUCCGACGCCGCAGACCUUCCCGCUGAGUUCUCCGCCCUCUGCGCCACCCUCGACGACCUCACGUCCUCCGUCCUCGCAGACCGCAUUGACCCUGAUGUCCUCGCCCUCCCGCUCACCACCGCAACCGAGCUCAACCGCGAGGCCGGCUCUGCGCUUCAGCGCCUAGCCGCAGCCAACGCCGCGCUGACCGAGGACAAUGUACAGCUCCACGAGGAGCUCGCCGAGGCCGCAGCCGAUCUCGCCGCUCUCCAGAAGAAGCUCGACAAGGCCCAUGCCGAGCUUACGUCGGAGCGCGCAUCCAUCCAGACUCUCGAGGCCGAGCUUUCUGCCGCCGCCUCGGCGACCCGAGACGCUCUCAACAAGGCCGCCACUUCCGCCACUGCCGCUAACAAUGCCGCCGACGCGCGCGCCGCUGUCGAGGCCAAGAUCGAGACGCUUCAGGCCGAACUCGAAGAGGCCCAUGCCGCUUCGAACACCUUGCUGCUCGACAACGCAAAAGUUAAGCGCGAGGCCAUCGAACAUCAGCAGAAGCUUGCCUCGUUACACGAGGAUGCCAAGGCUCGCAUGGACGAGAUCACCCGCGAGCAGCUGCGCAAGGAGGAGCUGCGUGCCAACAGGCUCCGCGACGAGCUUGCUGCCGCCAAGGAUGCCCUCGUCACCGCAGAGAACGCCGCUGCCGACUCGGCUGCUCGCGAGGCUAUGCUCGAGCAGCAACUCGCCAACGACCGCGCCUCGCUCGACGACAUCUCAUCGUCGCUCGACGCCCUCCGCACAGCCAACGCCGCCCUCCUCGAACAGCGCGACGACGCCCUUGCAAAGCUCAAUGCACUCGAUGCCGAGCAUGCCGCCGUCGUCGCAACCGCAACAAGCACUGCCAAGGAGCUCGCUGACGAAAAGACUCGCCACGCCGUCGCCCGCGACAUGAUUGCCGUUCUUGAGGCCCAGACCGAUGCCGCCACCUCCGACGCUGCAACUGCCAUCGCCGCCGCUGAGGCCGCCUCCGCCGAUGCCGCCCUGGCCUCGUCCCGCAUCAUCGAGCUGGAGGCCGAGCGCGAGGCAUCUGCCCGCACAGCCGCCGCCACCGAGCAGCAGCUGCAUCUGGCCGAAGGCGUCAGCGCCGAGCUCAAAGCCGAGCGCAAAAAGAGCGCCCAGCUUGCCGCCGAGCUUGAGACGACACAGACUGCUCUCGAGGCCCGCAAGAAGCUACACGCAUCGUCGCUGGAAGUCCUUGAUGCCCUCAACGACCGUGUCGAGUCGAUGGAGGCCCACAACGGGUCGCUGCAGGAUCAGCUGCAAGUCAUCGCCAAGUGUGCGACCGGCAAGGAGCUCGACCUUGUAGAGAAGGAUCGCCAGGAGUGGCUUCGCGCCGACGCCGAGUUUAUGGGCGAGCUCCGCUCGCUGCUCGGUGAUCUGCACGCUGUCAACCACCAGCUCGGUGUGCCUAUUGAUGAUGAGUACGGCGUCCUCGCCUCGCCUCCGGUGGUACAGGGGCUCCUCGUUCCCGGUGGCUCAUCGCCAACGAUGCGCCGUUCGGGCUCGUCGGCCGUUCUUGGCCGCCCGCUCACCACGCCGUCGCCAGCAGAGCUGCCAGAAAUGGCCGACUAUCUAGCCAAGCUCAAGGCUUUUGAGCGCGAGCUCGACACCCAGGCUGCCGCCUCGGCCGAGGCGGUUGCCCACGCCCACACCCUGCUCGCACCGGCUGCCGACGCCGAGCUCGUGCCUCGGUCGCAGACAACUGCGCUCGUCUCCAGUUCGGGCUCGGCUGCCGGCAUGUCGUCGCACUAUAUCGAGGUCGACCCCGAGCUGCUCGCCGAGCUUGCCUCGCAAGGCUUCUCGCUGCCAGACACCAAGGACGGCCGGCUGACCUCAUACGGCUUUACCAAGCUAUCGACCGCUUUUGUCUCGCUUCGAGCCGCGCUCGAUACUGCCAACUCUCGCCUCGCUGAGAGCCAGGCGCAGCUCUCGGCUUCACUCCAGACGCAAGCGGAGCUUGAGGUCGCGGCGCAAGAUGCCGAGGCGCGGGCGGCUGCAGCAGCUCCAGCCACGCCUCCAUCACGAGCGCUGGCCGAGAGUCAGACGGCAUGGCGAAGCGAGACGGCGUCUGCAGUGUCGCGCCUCGAGCAGGCACUCAAGGCCAAGGACGACGCCGAGUCGACCUGGCUCCGCGAGCUACAGGCAAAGCGGGUUGCCGACGCGUCUGCGGCAGCCCGACUGGAGGACUCGCUCAGCGCGGCGCUGGACGAGAACUCGCGACUGCAACGAGCGCUUGCAACGGAGCGCGCUGCUGCGGUCUCGGCUCGCGACGAGGCCGAUGCAGCCGCCGCCGAGCGGCAGCAUCUCAGCGCCCGGCUCCGCACACUCGAGAACGAGCUCGCGGAGGCACGUGAUGCAUUCCGCGCCGCGUCGGGUGCCGUCGAUCAGGCUGAGAGCCUCGCGGCGCAGCUGGCAGCGAGUCGGGAAGCGACCGAGCACGCAGAGGCCGAUGCCAAUGCUGCCCGUGCGGCGGCGGCAGCUGCCGAGCUGCUGAUCGCCUCGCUCCGCGACCAGAUUGCGCAGUACCAGCAGCGUGUUGCCGAGCUCACGGCUCAGCACAAGGUGAGCCUGGAGGCGGCGGCAGAGGCGGCGAACCCGACCGCUUCGUCGGCGCUUGCGGCGCUUGGCCCGCUCAUGACCGAGCUGGGCGAGCUUGUGGUGGCUGUGCAGGAUGCGCGCGACCGUCAGGCACCGGACCUCCUCGCGCUCGAGCGUGCCCUUUCCGGGCAGUAUGACGACUUGCUUUCGGAGCUGCUUGUGGCGAUGAAUACCGCCGACGCGCAGCACGAGACUGAGGUCAACUCGCUGCGGGCGACGGCGCAGGACAUGGUACACCAGCUCGAGGCCAUGGCCGCCGACCGCGAGUCGCUGCUGCUCGAAGUCGACACUGCCAACAAGGCCGCGCUUGCCGCCAAAGCGACCCGAGGCGGAGGUGGAGGCGGAGGCGAGCACACGGGCUCGAAUGGCGCCGAGUCGGCGUCGCGGCAGGCUUCGCUUGGCGCGGCCGAGCGCAUGGCUCGAACGGAUCUUGUUCGCGAGCGUGCGCGCGCCGAGGAGGCUGAGAAGAGCGCACGAAGCCUGCGCAGCGAGCUGACCACGCUCCGUGGCAAGCUUGCCGAGAGCCAGACCGCGGCGACCGAAGCUGCACGAAACAGCACCCGGCUGCAGGCCGAACUCGAGCGUUUGAUGGCGCAUGCGCGCUCGGCCGAGACGGAUGCGGCGGCAGCACGGGCUGAUGCCGCGGCGGCAGCCGAGGCUGUGGCGGCAGCCAGCGCGCGGGCCGAUGCCUUUGCCGGCAUCCAUGCCGAGCUGGAGGCUGAGCUGGAGAACUCGCGUACUGCAGCAGAACAGGCGGUGGCCCAGCUCGCGCAGUCGAGCGCUUCUGAGCAGACAGCCCGGGUCCGGGUGGCGUAUUUGGAGAAGGAGCUUGAAGCAGCGCGCGAAGCGACCGAGGCAGCGGCAAGUGACGCGGCCGAGGUUCGUGAUGCACUCGCACGUGCCGAGCGUGCGGCCCAGGACGCAGGUGCACUGGAGGCUGAGCUCCGUUCGCGGCUUGUGGUGGGCUCGCCAGACGACCUCGCCGACGCGUUUGAGGGUGUACUGGCCAAGACUCAGGCGGAAGAGGCGACGGCACGACGCGCGUUGGAGCUGCACAUCGAGUAUGCAGUGGCUGCAGUGACCAGCUCUGUGCUCAUGAAGCAGACCCGCGACGUGGAGGAGCAGCUCCGGGAGCUGGAGCGCAAGAUCGCCCGGCGCGAGCGGCGGCUGAGCGCACUCCGUGACAUUGAUGCCAUCGAGCGCGACUUGUCGCAGAUGCGCACUCGCAACGGCGAGCUGUUCACACAGCUUCAGGAGGCACUCAAUGAGAUGGAUGCCUCGCACGAGCGUGAGCGUGAGCUGCGCGAGCAGCUUGCCGUGGCUGAGGUGGAUCGUGCGGCGAUGUCUCCAGCGCGGGCUGUCUACGAGCGAAAUGGGGUCAAGAACGAGGCACGUGGCACGCCGCACGCGGGUGCCCUGGACGUACUCGCCGAGUAUGAGAUGCUCAAGCGGCGUCAGGUGGCUGACGAGGUCAACGCGUCUCGGCUGGAGAUCCGGGCCGAACUCGAAGCGUCGAUCAACUCGUCGCUGGCGGUGCUAGGCGAGUCGCGGAGUGAGGAGCAGCCCACGCGUGUGGGCGAUGCCUCUUACCGUGAGCUCUACCACAAGCUGGAGAUGACGCACGACGAGCUACGCGCAGCAUACGAUGCGUUGGUUGCGGAGCACGAUACGUUGCAGAUUAAGCUCCGGGCCAAGUCACACGAAGCGGUGGUUCUGAGCCGCGCGGCGACGCAGUACACCGAGGCACGGUUCUCGCGGUGCCCCCGGUGCGCUUAUGCGGUCGACGCGGCGGGGGCGGUGUCGUCGCCGGCCAAGCCGACCGGUCUUCGUCAGCGCGCGCAGUUUACGGCGUCGGUUGGGGUGGCACUGACGGUGCAUCUGCGGUCGGAGCAGUUCCGCGCGCCACAUGUUGUGACUGCGCGGCUGGGUAUCCACGCAGCAGAGGUUCAGCGGGUGCGCGGCGAGCCAAAUGCAGUGUCUGUGACGUUUGUGGCGCGCCGGGCCGGGCUGAGCAAGUUGUACGUGUUCUCGGACGCGACGGAGAUUCGCGAGUCGCCGCUGCUUGUGCGGGCGGUGGACGAGGUGCUGGAGGGAUUGGCUGGGUAACUUUAGCGGCGGCUAGUUGGCAAAGCAGGUGUUGCACAUGGGCUGGCCGUUCUUCUCGUAAAACGAAAGAUCCGGCAGCGCCGAGGCGCAACCUUGGCACUUGAGGCAGGACGAGUGCCACUUCUUGCCGCAGGCGUUGAGAAAGUCG